GCGGCCACUGCAUGGUUGGCUGCGGCACCCAUCCCCUCCAUCAAUGCCGCCACCCACCUCCCCCGUCUACUAAACGCCAGCCAACCCAAGCUUCCGUCCAUCCACCCCACCCCACCUCCACCUCAUCACUUAUCCAUCCGUCCAUCCCGCCACCUCACCGCGGCGCCGGCUGCCUCCCGCCCGGCCAGCUCCGCCCCGGGGGUCCUCGAGCUGGAGGUGGUGGUGGAUAACCAGCUCCUGGAACUUUCUCGGGGGACUGGAGUGUUUAGGUCCGAGGUUGGUGAGCGAACUCGCGACCCUGGGCGCGCGCUUAAGGUGUUCGAUCGAUUGCCGACCAGAGCACACGCACCUUUCAGCCAUUUCUGAUCUGCCGGAUUGGGUUACAAGGGCGAGAUGGUCGGGAGCGUGCACGUCAACGGAGCGGUGAACGGCGCCAACGGCACCGAGGAGCGGCUGGACGAGCUGCGCCGGCUGCUCGGCAAGUCCGACGGCGACCUGCUCAAGAUCGUCAGCAUCGGCGCGGGCGCCUGGGGCAGCGUCUUCGCCGCUCUGCUGCAGGAUGCCUACGGCCACUUCAGGGAGAAGGUGCAGAUACGGGUGUGGCGCCGGCAGGGGCGGGCGGUGGACCGGUCCACCGCCGAGCAUCUGUUCGACGUGAUCAACUCGAGGGAGGACGUGCUGAGGCGUCUCAUCCGCCGCUGCGCCUACCUCAAGUACGUCGAGGCGCGGCUGGGAGACCGGACCUUGUACGCCGAUGAGAUCUUGAGGGAUGGGUUCUGUUUGAACAUGGUCGACACGCCCCUCUGCCCGUUGAAGGUGGUCACCAACCUGCAGGAAGCUGUCUGGGAUGCUGACAUUGUGGUCAAUGGGCUGCCGUCCACUGAGACGAGGGAGGUGUUCGAGGAGCUCAGCAAGUAUUGGAAGGAGCGGAUCAGCGUUCCGGUCAUCAUUUCCCUUGCAAAGGGGAUAGAAGCCUCCUUGGACCCAAUUCCUCGUAUCAUCACGCCUACACAAAUGAUCAGUUCCGCAGCUGGCGUUCCAACUGAGAAUAUACUCUAUCUUGGAGGACCAAACAUUGCCUCGGAAAUUUAUAACAAAGAAUAUGCAAAUGCUCGAAUCUGCGGAUCCACCAAGUGGAGGAAACCUCUCGCCAAGUUUUUGAGGCAACCACAUUUCAUUGUUUGGGAUAACAGUGACAUUGUCACUCAUGAGGUUAUGGGCGGACUGAAGAACGUAUAUGCUAUUGGUGCUGGAAUGGUGGCAGCUUUAACAAACGAGAGUGCAACAAGCAAAUCAGUGUAUUUUGCUCACUGCACGUCAGAAAUGAUAUUCAUUACCCAUCUACUGACAGAACAGCCAGAGAAACUUGCCGGCCCUCUGCUGGCUGACACUUACGUAACUCUCCUGAAAGGGCGCAAUGCAUGGUACGGGCAAAUGCUAGCGAAGGGAGAACUCAGGCUCGAUAUGGGUGACAGUAUCAAGGGAAAGGGGAUGAUUCAGGGUAUUUCUGCUGUUGGUGCGUUUUUUGAGCUGCUCAGUCAACCCAGCUUAAGUGUGCUACACCCAGAGGAAAACAAGCAAGUUGCUCCUGCUGAACUGUGCCCGAUUCUGAAGAGGCUUUAUAGAAUUCUGAUAAAAAGGGAGCUCCCAGUGGGAGACAUCCUCCAAGCCCUGAGGGACGAAACCAUGAACGACCCUCGUGAGAGGAUCGAGAUGGCGCAGAGCCACACAUUCUACCGCCCGUCUCUCCUUGGGAAGCCGUGACCUCGGUUGCCCCGUGUACAUGAUUAGAAUGUAAACAAAAGGCUUGGAUUAGCUCCAACCCUGUCAUGCUUCACAUCAUUAUCGGUUGAGCAAAGGCGUCUCCGGGUUUCUGCUGGCUUCUGUGUUUGGAUCCCAGGCCCCAGCGGCCAUAGUUUGUGGGGGUCGUUAGACUGUCAUGUUGUACAAGAGAGUAUUGAUCGAGUGAAUAAUAUGUUGCUACUUGGACAAUAAACAUGAGGCGUAAGGGAGACACAGGUUAUUUGUGUGUGUUUUAA